GUGACAUCAGGGGCAGGAGCCAUGGAUGAGUAUCAGACGGACGAGGAGACCGUGUUCGCCGUUGAAGAAGUGACCAAAAUAAUUAAAGAGUCAGUAGAAGCAGCCAUAGGAGGAAAUGCCUACCAGCACAGCAGAGUGAACCAGUGGACAACCAGUGUUGUGGAGCAGUGCCUCAGUCAACUCAGCAAGCUGGGGAAGCCUUUUAAAUAUAUUGUAACCUGUAUCAUCAUGCAGAAAAAUGGAGCAGGUCUGCAAACAGCCAGCACAUGCUUUUGGGACAACUCUACUGAUGGAAGCUGUGCAGUGAGAUGGGAGAACAAGUCCAUGUACUGUAUUGUCAGUGUCUUUGGGCUGGCCAUCUGAACCAACUGUAAUGUACCUGAAGGGUUUGAAAAGUAUAGGAUUUAUUUUUUUAGGGUGGUCAUUUUUUGCUAUAUUUUUUCUAUUUAGUGCAAUUGAUUAAAACAAUACUAUGCUGGAAAUAAUUUGCUUUAUUUACAUGUGACAUACACUGCAACAUGUGCAGCUUUUACUUCAUAAAGCAACCCACAACAACCUCAUAUGUUUGUUUCCUUUGUUUUCAAUGAGGCUGAAAGCUUGGGAAAAAAGACCAUAAAGUACAUUCAAUCAACAAUAUGUGUAACAACUUGUAUUACCAGUGCUAGUACUCCUUCUUUACAAAAUACUUUGUUAUAUCGUGCUACUUAGCGGGUCCUUUAAUUGCAUGUUUUAGCUUCAUAAUCAGUCCUUUACACAGAUACAAAAUAAAAUGUGACCUUAUCAGUUGUUCAACAAAAGAUCACACUGAAUGCUACCUCCCAAACAAGGACUAAGAAUUCACAAAAGCAAUUAAGUAAACAAAUGCUUACCCAUAUAUUGCCUCAUCAUCUGAGUUAUUAAGCAGGGAGAAAGCAGGAAUAUGGUUCAACUGGGAGUCUGGGAAAUCACACAAAUCCAGUUGAUAUAUCAGUCAAUGAUUUCCUGCACUGAAACUGUGCCGUAUCACCUAUCAUAAAGGACAUUUUUUGAAGGGAAAUGCACAAAUGACAAUGGGUACGAGUAAAAGUUGAGUAGGCCAUAGAAUGAUAAAAAUUCAACUGAUAUGUCAGGGGUUAAGGAAUAAUUUCUCACUAUUUUAGACAUCAACAUGCCAUC